GGAGAUUUGAUUCCCACUCUUGGGAAGGUGUAUCAACAGUGCAGAGCUGAAGAGAGAGAAUUUGAGAUAGUGCUGGUGUCCAUACCCUUGUUUGCUGACUCUCUUGACCCACAGGUUCACAUGGCGAACAUUGUGAGUUUGUUGCAGGAGUCGGGGAUAUCGUGGUGGCAGUUUCCCCCCUCUGGGAAUCCAAACAAGCUCUUCAACAGCUCUGUAAGCUUUAGGGUCAGUCGAUGUCUUUGCAGGGACUUCACAGAUCGAAUCAUCAUCGUGGGACGCGAUGGUUCAUUUGUUGAACCUGGCGGAAGAGAAAUCUUGAGCAAGUUUGGGGUUGAUGGGUAUCCAUUCAGCAGCGAGUGCGUUGUUGAAAAGGAAUUGGAAAAGUUUGGGAAACUCACUAUGGAGUCGCUGUUGGUGCCUCCUCCGCCAAGGGACUUUGUUUAUAAAGAGAAGAAGAAGAUACACGUGAGUGAACUGAAGGGCAAGAAAAUACUUCUUUACCUGAAUAGAUUUGGUGACUUUUGUCUUGCUGGAAAAGUGAGAGCCUGGUAUUCUGAGAUGAAGGGAACUUAUCCUAAUGUUGAAGUGGUAGUUUGCAGAUUUGACUAUAUUGUAAUGGCAGAUGAGGGAGAUGAGUCCGAUGUAACACUAUCCGAAUUGCUUCCUUUUUGGCAUGUGUGCCCCUUCGACCCUCAGCACUCGGCAUCUCUGGUGGAGGUACUAUUCAAGGGGGGUUGUGAGUUUGAUGCCCUCAUUGAAUUUGGAACAGAUGGCCGUGUUUGUUCAAUGAAAAUCGCAAGCGGUACGGAAUACCUACCACGAGGCAUUGUGUUUGAUAAAUCUCAGCUACGCGAUGAUAUCACUCGCCAUUUUAGGUUCAAAGGGUUUAUAUGACUGAUCCCUAGCCCCUCCAAAACGAUCUCUUGUUCACAUACACACACUUUCACUUAAGUCUCCCUUCUCAGAAUAUCUCCGGUGAUUGUCAACGGUAGCGGCAACUUUCUGGAAAACAUGCACCAAAUCAAGUGGAGAUUUUGCCUCUAGAUUUGAUAGCAAGUGAGGAUGUUAUUAGGAAGGCUGUAGAGAAAGCUGGAUCUUUCUUUGGUGGAUCUGGUGUGGAUUAUAUAUCCCACAAUGCAGCCUAUGAGCGACCUAAAACAACAGCAUUGGAUGUCACAGAAGAAAGUCUCAAGGCAGCGAUCUGUUUCAUUUAGUAAAAAGAGCGACGAAAAGAAGAAAAAAAGAGAGUUACUGGGCAAGAGGUGACUUUAAUAUUCAGUUAUUCUUAAGAAGAAUGCAAUUACUAAAUUACUCUUGAAGGUUGAAAGGUCUUUGGUCACUUAGUAUGAGAGGCUCCUUCUUUACAACAUUAACAACAAACCCAAUAAAAUUCCAGAGGAAGGUCUGUGGAGGGUGUGUGUACACACACCAUACCUAUUCGACAUAUAAGAAGAUCUCUUGUUCACACACGCACUUUCACUUAAAUCUCUCUUUUCAGAAUAUCUUCGGAGAUUGUCAACAGAGAUUGUCAAUAGUAACGGCAGCAAUUUAGAAGAUACCCAGAAACACCUACCAGAAACACGUUUAGUGACUAUUUGUACUUAUACUAAACAACAUUACAUUUUUUUCUUGUAGUGCGUGAAGACUUACUAUCUUGAAAAACCUUUGGGCCAGAAUCACAGAGAUAUGUUAGGAAAGAGAUUGGAUAAAUAUGGGAUACAUUU